AUGCACGAAGUUUUAACGAUAUCCGUUUCGCAGAGAGCAAACCAUUUAACCACUCAAUUCUUCAACAUACAAGAGGGCUAUUUGAAACUUUCCAAAGAAGAACAAGUUAAUGACUCCAAAAUAUUCUUGAACCCAAUCGUUGACAAGUUUUCAAAAACAGUUUCAUAUACACCAAGGGCUUUACUAUGGGACGCCCGUACAGGUAAUGGUUCAUUGGGAACAUAUCAAUAUGCAGAGACGAAAGACUAUCAUUUUGGCAAUGAGGACGAAUUUAAAAAUCAAACGGUUGUAAAAACUCACCCAGCGAUACCCAAAUCUGAAUAUCAAAUCGCCUUAGAUUCAGCAAUACCGCUUCCAACCUUAACUAAAGAGAAUACCAAAUAUUGGUCCGAUUACUCUAAAUUAAUUUAUGGGGCUUCAAGCUUCAAUACGUUGAAGGACUGGUACCAUGACAUUGCAAACCCAAACCAACCUGACUUUCAAAACUUAGGGGAGCGAAAAUUUAACAAAUACUCAAUCGGUUAUGACGAGUUUACUGAAAAUUACAUGCAAGAAUUCUUUGAUGGAAAUUUGCAUACAGAAUUGGAGAAAUGCGACACCUUACAGGGACUAAAUCUUAUAACUGAUAUCGAGAGUGGAUGGGGUGGAUUUUCUAGUGCUUUACUAUUGGAAUUGAAAAACGAACUUCCAAAAAAAACUGUUUUUUCUUGGGGUUUCAAUGAAGAUGAUCCAUUUACAGAUGUGCUUUCUAUAAAGAGGCUUACCAAGAAAUGGCUUCCAAUAAUCUCGAAUAAACUAAGGAGUACAAUGAAUAUAAUGCAAGAUUCUGAUCUUUAUUUUCCAUUAUAUGCUCCUACUGGGCUAACCAAUUGGGAAACUGCUGGUAAGACGUGCAGAAUUCUAGAUUCCGUGAACGCAACAAUUUCCCAGAGUAAUCCUGAACAAAGAAAAAUGAUGGAUUAUAUUACUACGGCCGUCACCUUAGGAGAUUCGUCAAGAAAUAUGGUUACUCAAAUGCUUGUCGGUAAUAACGAUUAUUCUUUCUGUUCCCGAAUAGUGCCGUUUAAAAAUAGCCGUAUAAACAAUGAAUACCAGGUAUUCUCCAACAGCUUUAUCAAUAGAGAAGAGCAAAUGCUCCGAGAAAGCCCCGAGUCCGCUCCUCGAAGUAAACGGAAUGAAAUGUUUACACAUAGGUAUUUCCCUUCUGAUACGAUACCGACAGAGUUUUCUAAUGACUGUGAUUUUUGUUUAAAACUAACUUCCUCCGAAAAAAGUAGAGAUAUAUUCAAGCAUUGGAACGAAUUUGUGACCAGAUACUUCAAAAACGAUAAUGAUAGAGAGGAAUUGAAGAAUCAACUCUCUGAUUACGCUUCAGCGUACGAAUCUGGAUGGUACGACGACGAGGAUUCUGGUGAUGAUGAUAUGUAA